AUGUCUUUUCUAUUUACUGAACAUUUUGAUUCAAGAUUUCACCAUUAUAGACUAAACAAGGUCCAAGGGUUAGAAAGAACAAAGGAAGAUGGUCAUAUCAGGAGCAACAAGCAUUCGUCAAUUGAUUGAAAAUAUAUGGAAGGGACCCAAAAAUCCUCCAAGAAAUGAUCCCAACAAGGACAAGUACCCAGAUUAAGUCUCAUUCUCAAAAAUAUUUCGAUCAAAUAAAGAAGGAUUUCAAUACAAAUAACCCCAUGGAGUUUGUUCUCCAGAAUAUGUGAGAUGCCACUUCACUUUACCAAUUUGAGCUCCCUGAUAGACACCAAUUUGAUCAAAAAUCUUUAAUGGUAGGAAACCCAGAACCUGACAACAAGUGCCAACCCCCAGAAAUGAAAAAGAGGGACCUAAAGUAUGCUGAUAGAAGUCUGCAAGAUUCCAUUCCCUCAAUCUUUACUAUUGAAAAGAAGCCUCAGAAGAACUACAUGGCAGACUCCUCAAAAAGUUUAGUAAAGACAGAAAGAUCGUCUGAAUGUAUAACUCAGUUUGUACCUAACUCAGACCCUCAUCAGAAGAAGGAUGUGAGCCAAAUAUCCACAUCUUCGAGACAAGUGCUUACUGACGGAAAAGUAGCAACUCAGCUUAAAGUCAAGAAAGGAUGCAGCUUAGUGGGGCUAAAUCAAGGAAAAGUGUUAAUGCAGAUAGAUAAAAUGCAGUCUUCUCUACCUUUCAAGUGCAAACAAGCGGAAGGAAAAGUUAAUAUGUUUCUACCUCAGGGCCCAUGUGAGAUCUUCAUUAUGCCUUUGAAUCAAGUUAAUUCAGACAUACCUACUAGCUUGGGCAAACCUGAAAUCUCAACGGAAAAGGAGAGGAAAAUACUCAAGAAUAAGGCUGAAUCUGCCAUCACUAGUCCAUCUUAUACUACGAAUUUAAAGUAUGGAGGAGCUGAUCAGUUUCACCAAACAGCUCAAAAUGAUGAAUAUCUUGGCGUGCUAGAUUACCUAGAGCAGAUGUUUUGCCUUUCACCAUAUCACAACUAA